AUGGCGCUCCUGGCCGCACGAGCAUGCCGGCUCCUGCGCGCCCCCCACGGCCCGUGGCCUUGUCUGCAGCGCCCGGCCUCGACAGUAGCAGCGCGCUCGCAUGCCGCUGACGCCGAAAACAAAAACAAAAACAAAAACACAAACACAAACACAAACACGGCAAGCGCAGACGCGCCCAAGAUACGCUACACCUACAAGAAGCUCGCCCUCGUCCAACACAAGCAGCCGCAGCGACAACGCGCCCGACGCGCCCGACGCGCCCGCCACCCACUCACCCCGGCCUACCACGACAGCGACAUCGUCCCAGCCGACAGCGCCAUCCUCAUACCCGCCUCGGCCACGGCCACUCAGCCCCGGCACUUUGUCGACAAGAUCGAGCCCCUCGACGCGGCCCUCGUCGCCAAGCGCAACCUCGUCGUCUUCCUCGUCACCCCGUCCUUCGCCCCCUGGCUUCUCGACGACGCCGUGUUCCUGGAGAAGGCCCUGGGCCAGCUGUACAGCAACAUCAGCGCCCCGACCCCCGUAGCACAUGCCAUCUGCGCCGUCGUCGACAAGCUGCCCGCCGCCACCCCCCUCCGCGGCCACGACGUGUUCCGCCAAGUCGGGACUCGCGCUGCCGGCCCGCCGGUCAACGAGACGGGCUUCGAGGGCAUCGCCUACCUUGCCCUCCCCGCCAAAGCAGAGCUCUCGGCCCUGCCACAGCUGCCUGCCGAGCUGGCCUGCAUCGACUUCCUCGCCCAUACACACACCCAGUCCAAAGGAAGGCGCACCGACAGGAUCCGCGUCCCACUGGCCAACACCGUCUUCCACACCGGCGAGUCCACCACCCUGAUCAAAUCCACGUGGGAGAGGCGCUCCCAUGGCUCCGCUUUCCAGAGGAGAACGCGCGUCGUGCGUAACGCAGCUGCCAUCAAUCUAUCUGCAGAGGACCCCAAGCUCGCACAUCCCCCGCCCACCCACAUCUUCCAGGAAGCCUCCGCGUUGAGCAUCCCUCUGGUGCCCUUGACCUCUCCGCGCCAGGUCGAUGGACACAUGGGCAACAUCAUCCGGGGCCUCGUCCGCCCGGAUGGCUCCAAGAUGACAGCGUCUACAGAACUAGAGCAGGUCGUCCCUCGCUACUUCAACGCUCGAGCUGAGCCAGCGCAAGCCACUUCGGCUUGGGCUUUAGUAAUACCCAACGCCAAGGCCCAAUGGGCCACGACGAAAACGAGGGAAUGGCUACAUUCCGACUCGGCCGCUUCCGCCGGCAGCGAGGCGCCAGACCCUGCCAACCACCUGCCACGAUCGCCGCAAGAAGAAGAGACACUGGAAUCCUGGGAGGCGUUUUGGCAAAAAGACCCGCCGCUCUGGAGCCUCUCCAUUCAGAAGCUGAUUGCAAUGGGCGCCCGCUUACACAAGGUUCUCAGUGGUGGGGGCGGUUGGGGUAAGAAGGCUGGCUUGCUGUCCCUGGAUCCAGUGCCUCUCGGCGCGCCCGUGCCACACAAGAAGACGUCAGAGGGGGGCGAGGCGGAUGGGUUUGACAGUGUAAGCGACUUCUCCACAGCCCUCAAGCCCGUAGUCCAAGACGGAGAUUUCAUCCAGUUCUUCAUCUCUCCCACCGUCGCCCGAACCCAGCACGUUUCCACGUUCCAACACCUGAAGAGUCUGGAACAAUCAGCCCCAAGGCAUGCAUGGAGCUGGGAGUUUGGCGUGGUCCCGAGCACAGUGGACUCGAUGCCGGGAGGGUCAUGGCAGCACACCACAUCAGCUUCCGAAGACAUGGUCGUCUUCCGAGGCAGCUUCGGUGCCCUCACAGAAGGAAGUCUCACGCUGAUGCGCGGUCUCGGAGCGGAUCCAAAGACCGGGCUUGCCCAGCCCUUGGGGGCGACUUCGAUCGAUGUGCCUUUCUCGCGCUGGUCGGGCAUCAGACUGCUUCCAAAGGAAUCGCGGGCAAAAGAAGAAGCAGGUUCGAACACCGAGCCAAAGGCGAACAUCGAUUCCAUACAUGAUGCUCCGAUCCUGACCAUCUCAUCUCAACCUGUCAUUGCCACUGCUUCUUUGCCGUUUCGUACGAGUCGGAGACCACAGAACAAUCAAGCACCAACUGCCAAUCACCCCACUACGCGCGCAAAAAGCACUUCUGCCAAGCUGAGAGAUGUAAACGUGACGAAGCAGCUCAAACAGGGCCACGUACGAUUUGACUUUGCUGCACCACACACCUUGGAAGCGAAAGCCAAACGAGAACCCACAUCUAAACUCACGUCUUCCACCUCAACUCAGCCAGAAGAACGCCGCCCACUCCUCCGGAACAUAGUGUCCAGCGAGCCCGACCGAUUUGUAGUGCGGAAGCUCAUCAUCAAUAGGGAGACCACAGGAUCAACGCGCAAUAAACCCCGAGACAAAGAUUCAGUGCCUGCGGCAGCCAUGCACAAAGAAAGGCUAGGAAAAGGCAAGGAGACACCCAAGGCGCGAACAGAAAAGAAAGGCGGUCACUUGACCAUACGAAGGGUUCUCGCAGCAGCACCCUCCCAUGCCGACACAAAGACGGACAAGGCGAAGCCAAGUGCUGAUGAGGUGGUUGAAAGAACAAGGGUAUCGGGCAAGAUCCUCGCGAGGCUGACCGAGCAGCUGAAACUCAUCACCGGCUUGAAGGGAAGCGAUCUGGACGCCCUGGGUCGGUGGCGGCAGCGGAGCAAGACACGAAGCACCUCGACGCCAGCGCUACGCAGCCACAGGAGAAGAAACCUCGUAAGGCGAGUCAGUCCAAAAGCGAAGGAUGGACAGACGCCAGGCCUCACCCUAUCAGCGUCCGAUUCGCAACCAGCACCUACCCCAGGACCUUCGGCUACAUCCAACCUCACCCCCCGCCAACGCAUAACAGCAGCCCACCGAUCCCCCCACGGCCUCGACUUCACAAUGCGCUCCAUCCCCCUCUUCACACACGCAGCACGCCCCUCCACCACCGCAGACCUAGCCCACGCCCUGGGCACUGUGCACGCCCGCCUCCGCGCCAUCAUCCACCGCACCCGCCUGCUGAACCUCCGCCUCUCGACGCUCCUCCCCGGCACACCCACCCCCAUCACCAAACACGCCUCCAAGCCCCUUGGGCCGCAGCGCCCCACACCGAGGUCCUUGUACCCGCAGUCCCGCCACGCGACGCGCCGCGGUACACGUGCGGUGAGGAAGAUCGCCACGAGGCCGCUGGCGCUGAAAAUGAGGCCCGACGGUGCACGUGCGCCGCUGGCAGCGGAGACUAGGCGGAGGGGAGGAGGACGCAUGCGCGUGAAGAAGUUUGAGACGGUGGGGUUGAGGGUGCGGAGGUUGAGGAGGGAGAGCAAGAGGGUUUUGGAGGACGAGGUUGCCGAGUGGUUGGGUGGUGGUGGUGGUGGUGUGUAG